UUCAUCACCACCGUUCGUGAAGCCCCAUCAGUCCUCAUCUAUGACACAGGAGGACGACCUCAAAUGACAAUGUUGUUCCUCCGCCUAGUGGACUUCAACUCCUGAACGCCUUUCGUCUCAUGAUCCAGCCAGUCCUCGUUUCUUGCCUCCGGGAAAUUCCUCACCCGCGCCCGACCGCUUCAAGUGUGUGCCUGGUACCUGAAUUGAGAACACUCGCCACCCUCGUCUAGCACCAAUCUCACUUUCAAUUCUUCAGAGAUAAAAACAAUUCGAGACCCCUCCCCGAUCCUUGCCAAAAGACCCAAUUCCUUGUCAGCUCCGAAGCCUGACCAAGCCCGAGACUUGCUUCCAAGAAAAGCUGCUUACGGCUGGCUGUGCCACUGCCGGCUGCUGGUCAUCAUAGAUCGAUCUCCUUUUCCCCUCACCGCACCCAAUCUUGGUCGGAAGAAACCGUGUACGGGGUAACACUGGUUUUGGCCACAUAGUUGGUUUCAAAUGAUAUAAUACCUUUCAUACUGUCCUCACUCCACCUUCUUUAUUUCCAUUUCUGCCCAAAAAGACCCGUCCUCAGGAACGUCACCAUCAUGAAUUGCCCCUCACGCACAGACGAUACCGAAGCUCAUCCGGACUGGAACCAGAAUCCACACGCCCUGAGCUCAGACCUGACGACCAGGGCAGACCUCAAUGGGAUUGUGAAUCUCAGAGAAGAGAGAGACACAGAAUCGAGUCCAGAUAACGAUGCGCAAGAAGACAUUCGGGUUAUGCCCGUCGACAGUCCAGAGUCACCCUCCCAUGUCCUCAAGUCGCCCACCGCCGUCAAGGUUGAUCCGCUAGAGCAGCAGCGAGCGGUCCUACAACAAACCCACCCACGAAGAUUUCAAAGCUUCCGCUCCCCAAGGUCCUUUGUGAACAAGGCUAUAGCCACCGCGCAAAAGUAUGCGAAAUUCGUGGGCCCGGGAUUUCUCAUCGCCGUCGCCUAUAUCGAUCCAGGAAACUAUGCCACGGAUGUCCAGGCGGGCGCCGCGACGAGAUACGGUCACUUGUUCAUCAUCCUCAUGUCCAAUUUGUUUGCCAUCUUCUUGCAAUCUCUUUGUAUCAAACUGGGAAGCGUCACCGGGCUCAAUCUGGCUGAAAACUGUCGGAAACAUCUGCCCAAGUGGCUAACUAUCGUUCUGUAUUUGUUUGCAGAAUCUGCCAUCAUCGCUACAGAUAUUGCAGAGGUCAUUGGUUCGGCAAUAGCCUUAAAUCUUCUCUUGCACAUACCCUUAGUUGCAGGAUGUGCCAUAACCUUGGUUGACGUCCUAAUUCUUCUUCUUUUCUAUCGCCCCAAUGGCUCUAUGAUGCAUCUGCGGCUGUUCGAGUAUUUCGUCAUGAGCCUUGUCCUGGGCGUCAUGGUGUGCUUCUGCAUCCAGCUCUCGUUCAUCAAAGACACCACUGCCGGAGAAGUAUUCAAGGGGUAUCUUCCGUCUUCAGCAAUUGUUGAAGGGAACGGUGUCUAUUUGUCCUGUGGUAUCAUUGGAGCAACCGUCAUGCCUCAUUCUAUCUUUCUAGGGUCGGGUGUGGUGCAGCCGCGCCUGAAGCAAUUCGAUACACAGAAUGGGCAUAUCGCGGCGGCCGAGGAAUCAGACAGCGAGGAGGAGAAAUACGUGCCCUCCAUCUAUGCCAUCCGAGCUUGCCUCAAGUAUUCGAUCGUGGAGCUAGCUACUUCACUCUUCACCUUUGCCUUGUUCGUCAACUCGGCCAUUCUCAUUGUCUCUGGGGCGUCUCUUUACCCGGAAACAGCGGCCACGGAAGCAGAUCUCUUUGGUAUCCACGACCUUCUCAGUAAGAAUCUGUCCAAGGCAGCGGGCACUAUUUUUGCGCUCGCCCUUUUGCUGUCGGGUACCUCCGCAGGCAUAGUCUGUACCAUGGCGGGCCAGAUGGUAUCCGAGGGCAUGUUACACUGGACGUUGAAACCCUGGGUACGCAGACUGAUCACCAGAUCCAUCAGCAUCGUCCCCAGCAUCAUUAUUGCAGGAGCAGUGGGCAAAGACGGCUUGAACUCGGCCCUGACAGCAAGCCAAGUGUGCCUCAGCGUCAUCUUGCCUUUUGUCACUGCUCCUCUCGUGUGGUUUACCUGUCGAAGCCACAUCAUGACUGUGAGGACGGACAACGACGGGGAAGCAGUAAACAUGCGGAAUGGUUGGAUUGUCACGAUCCUUGCUACGACUAUCUGGCUUGUGCUAGUGGUGAUGAAUGUGGCUCUACUGGUGCUUGUUGGUUUGGGAAAGGCAUAGAGACAAUGCGAAAGAGAUGUCGUUUCGGUCAAUGGGAAGCUGGAAUGAUUCAGAGGUAGAAUGCAAAGACGGCAGUCCCCGGUCAACUUUCACCGACAAUCGAAGAGAGAUCGUAUUUCAGGAAAUCGGUGGUGUCUUGUGCUAUACGAAAAUCUGGUAUAUAAAUACGUGGAAAGCAUGGAUGGCUUGAUCCUACUUUCAUUUAAGAUGUGGCGGUCGUAGGAGAGGUCUCAACAGAGGGCUUCAUCCUUUUCUUCGCUUCCUCGCUCAACUUAUCUGCCUC